AUGCUUUGCCGUGAAAGCAGCUCUGCCCGCUUGUUAGCAGCCGCGACCGAGCCGUGCGGGCGUCGUUGCCUGGCCGCAUCCGUCACAUCGGUUUCCGCCAUCCUCCUCCUCGCUGUUGUAGUCGUUACCAGACAGGUUGGCUACCGACAUUUCCUCGGGGGUGUUUCGUCGGAGAGUGUAAGUAUGUGGGAGUUCGAGGGUGUCGAGCUGAAAUCUGGCGACAAAGUCUUAGACAUUGUGUUUAACGAAACCCUGGCCGAGUGCCUCGAGCCGGUGAAAAACAUGCCAGCGAAGCGAGGUGAAUGCUUCGAUGUGCUCUAUAGCAGGAUGUACAGCUGCAGAGAUCUCCGCUUGAAGGACUCGCCUCCGGCCACGUGUGAUCGUCUCCGGCGUUGCCUCAAAGGUGAGUUCCACAGCUUGGUGGAUCCUUGUUCGUGGUUUUGCCGGGGCGGCAGCUUAGAUCAGAUGGCAUUGAAGGUCGAUUGCCACAAUGCGCUCACGCAGGCCAAUGAGUGGGGAGCCAAAUGCCACGAGGAAGGUUACAAGCAGAAGGAGUUCGAAUUCUUGGAGAAGGUGAAUGACAUGUCCCACGAGUGCAUGUUGAGAACCACCACCACGACGACCACUCCCGGCAGAUUGCUGUACUGCUGGGUGCUCGUGGUGCCAUGGACGGGGGAGCCGGACCUGCUUCUCUUACAUCAGCAACUAAAGGCUGGGAUCAUGUCCUGUGAUGGCUUCGACGUGUUUUCCGACAGGAAGAUGCGCAUCGGGAGCCUGGACACCAUCGAAAUCAGCGACCUCGACUUGCACUGCAAGAUCAACCCGCAGAGCAAGACCGUCGAGAACACCCACAUUUUCCGACAGACGUGGAAGAAAGUUCUUGACAAGCUGACAUGGGAGCAGUACGAGUGGACGGUCAAGGUGGAUCUAGACGCAGUUUUCUUCCCUGAUCGGUUGGGCGCGCUGCUGAAGGAUGCCUGGAUCCGGAGCCAUGCCCAAAUCGGCAAUGGCGUCUGGCUGAACAAUUGCUGGCGCGGCUUGCAUGGGCCCAUUGAGGUGCUCUCGAUGCGCGCGAUGCAGGUCUAUCAUCAACACUGGGCCGAUUGCGCCUCUGUCGCUGCCACACGACCCCAAGAGGACGUUUACCUUGGCAGCUGCAUGCAUCAUCUCAGAGUGCAUCGCCACGACGCCUGGAGCUUGUUGGCCGAGGACCACUGCGAUCAGCCCAAGUAUAAGGAGUGCUCCGGCAACUGGAUCAGCUACCACCCUUUCAAGGAGACGGAUGAAUGGAAAGGCUGCUACGACCGCGCCCUUGGACUAUGA